AUGCCACCGGUGUACGAAGAUUCCGCAAAAGGACUUCGAAAGGAGCGACUUUCCUUUCGUUUUACCACCGCCGAAAAACCUACAGAAUUGAGCCGCUGUCUUGUAGCGAUCGGUGAGGUGGGUGAAACAGGAACACGCGAAACAAACUACCUAACCACGGGAACGACCACAGAACGCUGGAUUACCAUCGGCACCGCACUAACACCGGUAGAUUGUUACGUGGAACAGUUACUGCAACAGAUGUUAACGAACGAGGAAAGCAAAUGUACGAUCAGCACCAGACCGGAAGGCAACGAUAUCGUCUUCACCAUGAAACUAAUCUGCAUCGAGGAUCAAAAAUAUUACUACGAACUUACCGUCCCGGAAUCGCUCGCACUAGCGCAACGCUAUAAAGAGAAUGGAGUGAAAAUGUUCUCCAAAUACCCACGGUUUGCUCACGCGUACUUUAACCGAGCGGCCAAAUGUUUACUUUCCUGGGCACCGAUCGAACAGCUCGAUCCAGCGAUCGAAGGUGCUGGUACGGUGGAGCAAAUGCAAUCACUGCUCGAAACGCUGUACCUUAACAUUGCUGCCUGUCUCAUCAAACAGAACCGCUUCGAAGAGGUUCUGCACGUACUCCGGUACACCGAUCAACAGGAUGCGCCCUCGGCAAAGGCAAUGUAUCGGAAAGCGUUGGCACAGUUUAAGGUGAAACAGUUCACCGAAGCACUGGCCACACUGGAACGAAUCGAUUACGCGACUAGUAAGGAAUGUUCCGCAUUGCACAAGCAGAUCGUCCAAUCGCGACAACAGGAGGACAGCAAAUACAAUUCCAUGGUGAAGAAAAUGUUCGCAUAG